CAGGUUUUUCCUGAAUCUCUUCUUUCUCAAAGAGCAGCGAGUGGCCUGAACCCAACUUGGUAGUCGAGGGUGUGGAUCAGCUGGCAAAGUGCUGCCCGGCCCAGAUCUCUCUCCUGCCCCUGUCACUGUAGCACACACCUCCUCAGUCACUCUUUAGGGCUGAGAGUCUUUCCAGGUAGUUCCUUUAUAGAAACUAAGGUGUCCUGGGAUUGGCACCUCCCAAGCUUUAGUCUCAGGACCAGGACCCUGGGAUGGUCUACCCUGGCUUCAUGAGCCCAGGCUGGGUCUAAGGAAAUUGCCAUUUGAGGCACCCCUGAUUUGUCGCUGGCUCCUGGCUCACAGGAAGAGCCAAGGGCCUGGGAUUGGAUAUGGGGGCCAGAGCGAAUGGAGGGAAUGCACAGCAAAGCCUCUCAGUGCUCAGACUCACAGCUCCCUUGGGGUCCAUGAAGGUGGAUGGCUGUGGUGUUCUCGGGAGUCUGGUUGACCCUGGAAAGGGCCUGGCCUCACACUGACCUCUCCUUCUUAUGCUGGGAGUAGACGACACAGCCAAACUGACUACCUAGCAGGGAAGCCUCAGAAAAGUAAAUUACCCAGGGAAGAAACUGAUUCCUAUAACCCCUCCUUAACCCUCGGGCUUCCUGAGAAGAAGCAAUGGGCAGUGGUGUUUAGCUCCCAGGAGAAACUUCAUGAAGAAUAGAAAGCAGGCUCUCAGGUAGCAUCUGCUGGAAUGACGGGCGUGCAGGCUGUGUGGGUCCUGGGGACACGGCUCCUGUGGAGGCAGGGCGAGGGUGGCUCCGUUCUUGUCUUACAGACUCAACGGGAGUGUCGUCCCAUCGCCUGCAGCGUGUGGGGAGCAUCCUUGCUGCCCUGUAUCCUUGCCCUCAUCCUGUUUGGGUGCUGCCUUGAAGCUAGAUGGAGGUGGGGAGACUCUUGGCUCUAGGCAUACCCCGCUAUGGAUGUUCUGGUCAAUCCCUGGGUAGCCAAAGAGAUCUGUCCUGUGUCCUUCUGGAAUAUGAGGACAGGUGCACAAGAGGCCUCUUGGCCUCAGUCUGUUGUGGGGGUGGCUCAGGCCCCUCUUGCCUGGCUAGCACACUUGCUUUGCUAUUAAUGCUGUAUAAUUUUCAGCUGAGGUGGUCAAGAUCCCCACCUUUGCCCUGCUGCCAGCAAAUACCCUGGGUAAGAUGAGAAGGUCCUGCUUUGCUGCUGGCCUGCCAUAAGUUCAAGGGUGCCCUGAGCCACUUACCUUGCUUUCCUGUGCUCACCCCUCAUGUCUAACAUGGGGGCUGUGACUCCCCCACAGCCAGGUGGCUUGUGUGGGUCCAGGGGGCAAGGGGUGUAUGAACCAGUCCUUCGAGGGGGUGGAGUACACAGUGGCGGCUCCCUGCCGGCUGGUGUCUGGACCUCAACACUUUGGCUGGCAGGACUCAGGGGCACCGCCCAGAACAGGGCAUUCUCUUUCUGACGAAAAGCCUCCCAAGCUUGUUAUGAGUGUCUUUUCACUUGAAGCUGAGUUAUCCAGGAAGGCCCAGAUGGUGGUGUGAGGUGGGCAGGGAAUUUUCAGGCUGGGAUUUUCCUAAAGCCUACAGACAGGCUCAACCCGUCUGGCAUCUCCUCUUGGGUCCGAGCAUCCUGCCCUGAGGCCUCUGCAGAGUGAGGCGCGGCCAGACCGGUUUGGGAAUCAACCCUGCUGUCUCCAAGGUCCCCCAGAAUUCAGUUCCCAGAUGAGGUCACACACCUUGAGACUCCCAGCUCCUGCCAACCAGGUAGCGCUUGGGGAGGGGAGUGGGAGCGUGCGAGGAGCCUUCCGGAGGGAGGGCUCUUGAGGAGUCCCUCUCGGGCCAGGCUGGACUGCAGGACCUUCAAGCAUGAGGAAGCAGGUAGGGCCCAGCAGGGCAGGCCAUGAGCCUCAUUCACAUCCUGGGCUGACCAAACCAUCAACCUGGUCAGUCCUCCCUUCACAUGGGGCCCAAGCGUGUGCGUGGACGAGAGGGGUGGACAGAGAUGGAGAGGGACAGGGUCACUCACAGCUGGAGGGCUAGCGGACAAUUCAUCCCUGUUUUAACUUUCCUACUCACAGUCUGGGAGAUAACAGAGCAGAGUGUGGGAAUGCUCUAGAAAAACCAGCAGUUGAAACUCAGGGCACCGUACUGUUGCUGCUGGUGGUAAUGCAAUGAUACAGCUGUUUUGUAGGAGAGGAAGAUUUUCCCCCAAGGAAAACAUCUCUGUUCCAGGGGUCAGCUGUCAGGGCCACCAGAAUCCACUCUACAACCCCCAGGAAUGAUGUCUCCUGUAAUUAGGGGGACUGCCUAACAGUGGCCCCAGCAGCUGAGGCUACAGAGUUCUCCCCUCCCACCUGCCCCGGGGCCCCCUCACUCCUGGGUCCUAAACACACCAGCUGUAGGACCUCAGCAGAUCCACUCCCUGCUGUCAGCUCUAGGCACCUGGGCAGGGUGAGAUCUCUGGAGCCCUUUCUAUCUAUAGCCCAUACCUGGGGAGGGGCAUGUCCAGGCCAGGUGUGAGGAUGGCCAGCUCAUCCCAUAGCACCUACAGAGUGAGAAGAAGUCAAGGCUGGCCUCAGCCCUGAGAAGCGUGACCCUGCUGUGAGACCAGGGCUGAUUCAUGGGGCCACAGACUUCAGAGAACACAGCGCCCACCCCCUCUUUGACAUAUGGCCCAGAGAGAGGAGGAAGUUGUCUGAGGUCACACAGGAAGUUGGUAGCAGACUGGGGACAAGAAGCUGGGAUAGCGAUGAAUCACAGGAAUGGGAGGUGGGCGGGAUGUGCUGAGCCAUCUCCUGGGGAUGUGCCUGCUCUCAGAUAUGUGGCAUGACAGACUUCGGAGGAUAAAAGGGAAACCAUCCUGCAUCAGCAGCAGGGCCCCUGCCCUGUGGGGUGACUGUGGUUGAAUCAUCCCCUCUUGGGCCUCGAUUUCUGUUUCGUAAAACAUGGACAUCCACAUCCAGCCUCUCGCCUGGGGAUUUGUGAGACCCAGAUGAGGGAGAGGUUGCAGGCAGUAGGGAAAAACGAAGGGCUGUCUGUGUGCCCUCAUGAUCCCCUUAGGUCCUCCUAAGGAGUAGGUGAGCAGGGCCCUAAUGGUCAUCCCAUUUUAAAGACACACACACGUGGCUCCAGGCUGCCCUGCUGGGUCAGUGGCCACAUUAGGGCUGACGCUGGUCUCUGGAGGCUGAGCAGCCUCUGACUGCCCCUGGCUCCCACCCUUCCGUGGUCAUGAGCAUCCUGUGCUCUUUCCUCCGGGGAGGAGAUGACCCAAGAGAACUGGCAGGGAGCGGGCCCAUUUUCCAUUUCUGGGGACACCCAGCAAUGGCGGGCCUACAGGGGAGGGCACAGUAACAAUUCUGUGGGUAGCUCUAUUUUCAGGGGUCAUGGGCCAGAGCAGGACGGCUGUAAAGUCUGCCCCAGCCCCCACGCCCAGGCGCCACUGAGAGAGGAGUCUGCCUUGACUGGCCGCUGGCACUGCAUGACCCGAGAGCUGAGUCAGAAGUGAGCUCAGUCAGGGCUCAGUUCCAUGGAGGCCUCGGGUCUGCUCAGUACAGAGUGUCUGGCAGGGAAGACACUGGGUGUGGGCACAGCUGGGUGCUAGGGAGCACCCAGUGUGAAGGAGGAGGUACAAGGCUGGGCCCGAGGCAUAUAAACAUUUUUAUGAUCUUGGAGAUGGGUGAAAGGAAGGGUAUUUUAUUAGAGGAACAGCACAUAGAUGGGGAAAGAGAAACCUCUUAAUCUUAAAGGGACAUGUGCUCAAAAACAACAACAGAAACAGUAAUAGUUUAUUUUCAUAUAAUCCUUCCUAUAUGACAGGCCUUGUACCAGCAUUUUAUGUGUAUUAGAUUGUUUAAUCCUCAUGACUUUAGGAGGUAGGGUAAGAUUUAUUAUUCCUAUUUUACAAAAGGGAAAACCAGAGCAAGCAGAUGUUAAAUAACUUCCCAAGGUCACACAGCUGCUAAAUGUCUGACCUGGGAUCUGAACCCAGGUGACCUGGCUCCAGUGUCUGUGCUCUUGGCCACUCUGCCAUCUGGAGGCAGGAGGUAGUCAGCAUUUCACAGCUUCUGGGUUUCCAGUUGAGACUCUGGCACAACAUGUGCCAUUUCUCACAUGUCACGUAAAGCUCAGGCCCUUCCUUCAUAUGGGGACUUCUCAUGGCAGGCCUGUGUGCAGAGGUGCCUCUGCUGUCUCCCCACUUUACAGAUGAGACAGAAUAGCCCAGGCCCGUGUCAUCUCAAACCCCCAUGUCCUCCUCCCCCUUCCCCUCCCCUCCCCUCCCAGCCCCUCCCCACUCCUUCUCUGCAUGGGUUCCCAGGUGUAGGCAGGAGUCUCCACUAUCUCUGACCCUCUGGGCAAUGGUGCCAGGACCCCUUGUUUGGGGGAUGAAAAAGGAAGGUCAGAGGGUAGGAGGGUGUGGCCUGGGUGUGGGAGACAGGAGGAGGAGGCUCAGGGAGCCCUAGGUGAGGUAGUCUAGGAAGGCCCUCCGUCUUCCCCUGUGGGACAGACAGUGUUAAGAUGAACACUGAUGUCAAUCCACAAGCAGAGAAAAAACCAGGGCUGCAGCGCCUCCAAAGUUUACGAGCUGAUGUUGUUUCUGUAAACUCUUACCUUUCAUUCCCUAUUUCAGUGUGGCCCACCAGUGGCUGUGCAUGUCGCUAAAUCAGUGUCAUUUGACUCAGUUGUAGGUUUUGCUUGAUAACAGCACCAAUCUCUAGAUGCACCCAUGAUAGGAUUCCAUGCAGGGUUGAUGCUCCUGAGGUCAGUCCAGGUCCCAAGGAAUCGGGAGAUGCCAGCAGGUUUAAAAGCCACAGGGUGCCAGGUCACAGGCACUUCGCUGAUCAUCUGGGUCUCAGACAGCGUACUCACUGUCUGUCCAUCUUUCCCACCUUGUCGAAUAUCGGUUUAUCUAGCUGUGAUUCAUUUCAACCCAUUAGUUGUGUGUUGGCUGCAUGGCCAGUGCCAAACACCAUGCUGGGGACCGGGGUUGGAGAAGUGAACCCUGUGAAUCCCACUGGGGCUCUCGGCAUUCACGCCCUCCUUACCAAACACCACAUCUUUCCCCUUGGUAGCCUGGCUCUCUCACUCUUUUCUGCAUCCAUUGAGCAUCUACUGUCUCCCAGGCCCGGUGCAGCCUCUGGGGACACAGAUUGGAAACUGGUGAUCAGAAUACACGUGUGGAAAAAUUCCUCCUAGCCGCCUUGCAGAGUGGAUUGGCAGGAGGCAGUUUGGAGACUGAGAAGAAUGAUAGGAGGCACUUGUCAUAAUUCAGCAAGAACAGACAAGGCUGCAGAAGGUGAUUGGAACAGGCAAGAAGCAAAGGGGACACACUGCAAAGAUAAUCAGGCCACGAUGACAUGUGGGUGGGGCAGGGCAGGGACAUCUGCUUGAUUUGCUCCCUGGCAAUUCCAGUGGGUAUGGGAACAGGGACUUGGACGUGUGGGGAGGAAGGCGGAGGGGAGGAGCCCGGUGCAGAGCCUGGUUCUUUGCCCUGACUCACCAGGCAAGGCCCUCCAGAUGCCUGUGCCAGGCUUCCCAUCAGGAAAUGGGGCCACCAGGCUUCUGCUGCCACUUCAGAGGGUCUUGUGAGCUGAUGGUAUGGAAGCAUUUGAAAAUGUAUCGUUAAUGUUUUUAACAGAACAGUGAACCCCGCUUGCAUGCUCUCGGGAGCUCUUUCUGCCUCAUUCUGCCUGACUCUUCCUCAACCCUCCCUCAGGGUAUGGUUGGAGCCUUGGCUGCUGCCUGGAGGGCCUCCUCCUGGGCACCCCUGGGUCUCAGAAGCUCCUCCUCCCCCCCCACCCCACACACACACACACACACACAGAGUUCCUCUGUUCUACAGCAGCCUUUUAGCUGCUAAGAUGCUCUCUGAUACUGAAUACGCCUUUGUUUCAUUUUGUGUGUAGUUUCUCCAGUCUGCAGCACAUUUGAUAAUUCUCUUGCUUGGCCCUUACAUCCAGUCCAGGUCUCUGUACCCUCCUCCCCAGAAGGCCUUUCAUCCUCCCCAUGCACCCCACUAUUGCUCCCAUCCCUAACCACUUCCCAGACUUUACUGGGGAUGAGCAUCCCAGGCCUCUCACUGAACAUCCCCCUGCUCACCUCCUUAGGGAACAGAAGGCUUUUUUCCUCUGGCCACAUGGCUGCCUCUGGUUUCUGGCUCCUUUUUAAGCCCGAGUCCACCCUAGUGAGGGACAGCCUUUCACAUGUGCCCGGGGGAGCCUGUCUGCCCUUUUGAUGCUUGACUCUCAGACCCCAGCCUCUGCCUCCCCUCCACUUCCCACCAGCUCAUUGUCUGCUGGUGACCCGGCUGAUCUGGGGAAUGCAGCUCCACCCUCCCUGCCUGGAACCCAGGCAAUUCCCAAAUUGGGUGUGCAGCCUCUUCCUUCCACUUUCUCUCUGGUACCUACCACAGCUGAGACCAGUGGCCCCAUGCUAGUCUGGUCAACCUGUCCCCUCUGCCAGGAGCUGCAGCUACAGAGGCAAAUGCAAGACCUGUCACUGUCCUCAGGGAGGGCACAUCUGGGACAAGCCAGGACUAAGAUGCCCCAGGACUCCACUCCAGACCUGCCCUCACUCUUACACCUGGUUUCUUUUUUCUUUCCCCUCGAGGACACUGUGGUGGUGGCGGCUGGCUGCAGGGGGUGGAGCCAGGAAGAUUCUGGGGAACAAGUCUCGGGAACUUGGCUCUCCCUCGGUGCCCUCCCUCAGACCUGUGUCCUGCGCCCCUCCUGAUUCUCAGACAUGGCGUUCAUGUCCAUUUCUCUUCCAGAGGAGUUCCUGCUGCUGUAGCUAUGGCAUCCUUCAGAGCAGGGCCCCUUAGACACGUCUGCUGGAUCCCAUUAAUAGAAGAUGCCCCCCAUUGUCACACACACCGCUAUUUCAUGUAUUGCUAGGAAGGAAAAACACACUGUCGAUCACACCGUGACACGGCAUCAACUGUAAGACUUGCUGCUGGCAAAUGACCCUAGUGGUUUAAGUCCAUGGCAAGUCUGGAAUGGCAACCCCAGUGCCCUUCGUGAGUUCCUGGAUGAGCUACAAAGACAAGUGCAGGCAAUGGGAGCUCAAGAGGUCAACCUGUCGUUUCUUCUCCCUGGCUCGAGUCCCCUGUCCCUUCCACUGAUCCCUCAGGGCUGCUGCUUCCCCUGUGGACGUGGCCAUUUGGAACUUGGCUGCUGAAGGCCAGGGCCCCAGACAGUGCCAAGUGAGAUGCCCAGCCUGGGUCUUGAGCUGUUCUGGAUCACAAGGAGCCCCCCAUUCAAGAUGCCUGCCAUUGGGCUGGGGAAGUACAUUCUGUCCACACUGCUGGAGAGUCCUUCGGGGGACCCUAGGGAAGCCAGAAUACCUCCCUUCUGGGGCCAAAAGCACCUUUCCAUGGACUAAAGUGGAGGCAGAGCUGCCUCUGAAGGGGAAUUGAUUUUUGCUUCCUGUGGCAAGUGGGCAGACAGGCCUGGUCUUGGGGGCCCGGGGCUUGUAGAUACCCUGUGCCCACCCAUGCCCUGUGAGCUUCCAGAGCUGCACACCUAUCCUUUUCCCUGUGAUCAGAAGUGGACAGAGAUGCCAAGGCCCCAUAACCACCCAUUGGUCACUCAUCUACCAACCAAGCACUGCUGUCCUCCUGGUGCGAGGAGCUCGGCCGCCUGCUGCUUCUCCGACAUCAGAAGAGCCGCCAGAGCGAUCCCCCCGGGAAACUCCCCAUGCAGCCCCCCCUCAACUCCAUGAGCUCCAUGAAACCUACUCUGUCGCACAGUGAUGGGUCAUUCCCCUAUGACUCUGUCCCUUGGCAGCAGAACACCAACCAGCCUCCCGGCUCCCUCUCCGUGGUCACCACGGUUUGGGGAGUGACCAACACAUCCCAGAGCCAGGUCCUUGGGAACCCUAUGGCCAAUGCCAACAACCCCAUGAAUCCAGGCGGCAACCCCAUGGCGUCAGGCAUGACCACCAGCAACCCCGGCCUCAACUCCCCACAGUUUGCUGGGCAGCAGCAGCAGUUCUCAGCCAAGGCUGGCCCUGCUCAGCCCUACAUCCAGCAGGGAAUGUAUGGCCGGCCCAACUACCCUGGCAGCGGGGGCUUCGGGGCCAGCUACCCUGGGGGUCCUAAUGCCCCUGCAGGCAUGGGCAUCCCUCCACACACCAGGCCACCUGCUGACUUCACUCAGCCAGCAGCUGCCGCUGCGGCAGCUGCAGUAGCAGCAGCAGCAGCCACAGCCACAGCCACAGCCACAGCCACUGUGGCAGCCUUGCAGGAGACACAGAACAAGGAUAUAAACCAGUAUGGACCGGUCUGUUCCUCUUUCCAGAUGGGUCCCACCCAGGCGUAUAACAGCCAAUUCAUGAACCAGCCCGGGCCGCGGGGGCCUGCCUCCAUGGGGGGCAGCAUGAAUCCCGCAAGCAUGGCGGCUGGCAUGACACCCUCGGGAAUGAGUGGUCCUCCCAUGGGCAUGAACCAGCCCAGGCCGCCCGGCAUCAGCCCCUUUGGCACACACGGGCAGCGGAUGCCCCAGCAGACCUACCCGGGCCCCCGGCCCCAGUCCCUUCCCAUUCAAAGCAUAAAGAGGCCCUACCCAGGAGAGCCCAACUAUGGAAACCAGCAAUAUGGACCAAACAGCCAGUUCCCCACCCAGCCAGGCCAGUACCCCACCCCCAACCCCCCACGGCCACUCACGUCUCCCAACUACCCUGGGCAAAGGAUGCCUAGCCAGCCAAGUACGGGGCAGUACCCACCCCCCACGGUCAACAUGGGGCAAUAUUACAAGCCAGAGCAGUUUAAUGGACAAAAUAACACCUUCUCGGGAAGCAGCUACAGUAACUACAGCCAAGGGAACGUCAAUAGGCCUCCCAGGCCAGUUCCUGUGGCAAAUUACCCCCACUCACCUGUUCCAGGGAACCCCACGCCCCCCAUGACUCCUGGGAGCAGCAUCCCCCCAUAUCUGUCCCCCAGCCAAGAUGUUAAACCCCCCUUCCCACCUGACAUCAAGCCAAAUAUGAGCGCUCUGCCACCACCCCCAGCCAACCACAACGACGAACUGCGGCUCACAUUCCCUGUGCGGGAUGGCGUAGUGCUGGAGCCCUUCCGCCUCGAGCACAACCUGGCCGUCAGCAACCAUGUCUUUCAUCUGCGGCCCACGGUCCACCAGACACUGAUGUGGAGAUCUGACCUGGAGCUGCAGUUCAAGUGCUACCACCACGAGGACCGGCAGAUGAACACCAACUGGCCAGCCUCUGUGCAGGUCAGCGUGAACGCCACGCCCCUCACCAUCGAGCGUGGUGACAACAAGACCUCUCACAAGCCCCUGCACCUCAAGCACGUGUGCCAGCCAGGCCGCAACACCAUCCAGAUCACCGUCACGGCCUGCUGCUGCUCCCACCUCUUCGUGCUGCAGCUGGUCCACCGGCCCUCUGUGCGCUCCGUGCUGCAAGGCCUCCUCAAGAAACGCCUCCUGCCUGCAGAGCACUGCAUCACAAAAAUCAAGCGGAAUUUCAGCAGCGUGGCUGCCUCAUCAGGCAACACGACCCUCAACGGAGAGGAUGGUGUGGAGCAGACAGCCAUCAAGGUGUCUCUGAAGUGCCCCAUCACAUUCCGGCGCAUCCAGCUGCCUGCUCGAGGCCAUGACUGCAAGCACGUCCAGUGCUUCGACUUAGAGUCGUACCUGCAGCUGAAUUGUGAGAGAGGGACCUGGAGAUGUCCUGUGUGCAAUAAAACUGCUUUGCUCGAGGGCCUGGAGGUGGAUCAGUACAUGUGGGGCAUCCUGAACGCCAUCCAACACUCCGAGUUUGAAGAGGUCACCAUCGACCCCACAUGCAGCUGGCGGCCAGUGCCCAUCAAGUCGGACCUACACAUUAAGGAUGACCCUGAUGGUAUUCCCUCCAAGCGGUUCAAGACCAUGAGUCCCAGCCAGAUGAUCAUGCCCAAUGUCAUGGAGAUGAUCGCAGCUCUGGGCCCCGGCCCGUCCCCCUACCCACUCCCGCCUCCGCCUGGGGGCACCAACUCCAGUGACUACAGUAGCCAAGGCAACAACUACCAGGGCCAUGGCAACUUUGACUUCCCCCACGGGAACCCCAGUGGGACGUCCAUGAAUGACUUCAUGCAUGGGCCCCCCCAGCUCUCCCACCCCCCGGACAUGCCCAACAACAUGGCCGCCCUCGAGAAGCCCCUCAGUCACCCCAUGCAGGAAACUAUGCCACACGCUGGCAGUUCUGACCAGCCCCAUCCCUCCAUACAACAAGGUUUGCACGUCCCACACCCCAGCAGCCAGGCAGGGCCUCCAUUACAUCACAGUGGGGCUCCUCCUCCUCCUUCCCAGCCUCCCCGGCAACCGCCACAGGCCGCUCCCAGCAACCAUCCACACAGCGACCUGACCUUUAACCCCUCCUCAGCCUUAGAGGGUCAGGCCGGAGCACAGGGAGCAUCAGACAUGCCGGAGCCUUCGCUGGAUCUCCUUCCAGAACUCACAAAUCCCGACGAGCUCCUCUCAUACCUGGACCCCCCCGACCUGCCAAGCAAUAGUAACGAUGACCUCCUCUCUCUCUUUGAGAACAACUGAAGCCCACCCCUCCGUCGGGGCCAUACCCCCUACUCUGCCUCCUUCCCUGUCUGUCCCACACACACUUUCCCGCUGGGAGCCUGUGCCCUCCGACCGCCCCUUCUGCGGCCUUCUCAGAGCAAGGGGGCGGGAGGGUGCGCUGUGAAGGCUGUGUGGAUCGGGAGCCCACGCCCAGAGCAGGCCGUGAAGAAGACCCUUGUCAUGGGGAGCUGGCCUCCUGAGAGGCAUACGCUGAUGACGGCUUCCUGGUCCCUCUGUGUGUGCUGAUUCCAAAAGACCCCGUGCCCCCCAGGUUCUACCAGUUUCUAAACUGUGACCCUGCCUCCCUACUUCCUGGCCCAGAGCCUCCUUCAAGUGACUGUGCGCCUGAGAGAAGGCCCCCCCGAGACCCAGGCGGGCCCUGAGCCUUGGAGGAGCAGUGACGGUUGACGGCAGUGAGAAUGGUCUGCCCACCACCACCACCACCCACCACAGAAAAGCACAAACCUCUGGGAAAGAGAACUCUCUCAUGGGCCAAGGACAUCACUUUGACCCCUGACCUCUAAGCCAAGAUAACCCUGUAAAUACUCUCUCUCAGAAAGCAGAGAAAAAGGACAAGAUUCUGCAUUCGAGAGAGGGUGUGCCAUUCCUGCUUGGGGAUGGGUGGGAAAGGGGAUCAGGGCCUCCUCAGAGCCAGGGCAAUGCAGCAAGAUGGCUUCGGGACCUUUGGACUGAGGCCAGGGCCCGGCUUUGAGGGGCAGAGGAAGAGAGAGCCCACCUGACAUUACUGUGCCCUUAGUCAGGGGGCGAGGGAUGCCUCCAGCCAGAGUCGAAUGGGAACGGCAACUUAGAACUUUGCUCCAAGCCACCCCGUUUUUAAACACAACUUAAAGCUAUGAAGUCAUCUGGAGAAAAGGAAUGUUGGACUUGGACAGCAAGCAAACCGUUUCUCUCCAUUUGUUCUGUUUCCUUCUUCCUGCUCCCUCACCUCUCCAAGACUGUUACUAGGGACACCCACUUCCCUCUGUCCCAGCUCCCCUUUGUACACCUAGACGGCAAGGUAGGAUGGUGGGAAGGCAGGGGAGAUGUGGGCUCAGGCGCAUGCAAGGGCAUAGCAGCAGGACCCAGGCAUCAGCAUGUCUCCUGCCCCCUUGUCCAUCUGUCUCUGCUCAAGGCUGCCCCCAGCCCUGGCCCAGUCAGGCAUCACAUGUGCUGGGAUGGACCCAAGAGCAUCCUGUGGUGUUUGUGGCUGCCUCAGAUGCCCCACCUGGCUGGCAGCCUUUCCCUCCCUCUGUAUCCCUCUGCCCUCGAAAGCUCACCCCACACUCCUGCUCGCUCAGGCAGAAGCAGCCUCUGGUUUUCCCUCCACUGCUUGGCUCCAUCUGGCCUGCUGUUCUUGGAGUCUCCUGGGUAGCUUGUGUGUCUCUUUUGUUUCAGGCUCGUCCGUGCUCCCCUAAGCCGCAUGGCCUGUGCUGCUGCUGGGCUGUCGGGUCACUUGAGUCACAUCUGUAAAAUCAUUGCCCCCUUUUCCACUGCUGCCUGGGGCCUCUCCUGCUCUCCCAUUCACUGUCCGUGUUCUCAGUCUCCGUCUCCCUCUCUGUGGCGGGUGGUCCCCAGCACUCCUCUGGAUUUGACCAGAACGGUGACCCCAGCUGUUGACCUCCAGUCACCGUACCAGACGGCCAGCACAAGGUUUUCUGUAGGACAGCUGCCAUUGUCACCCCCACGCCCCGCUUUUUUCCUUUGUCCUAUUGUCAAGGUUUUUUCAAACAGUGUGGUGUUCAGUAUGCAAAUCAAUUAUUUUAAGAAUUGCUUUUGUAAAUAUCUUUGUGAAUAUUUUAGUAUCGUCUUUGAUAAUAUUCAACAUUUUCAUGACCUGGUUAUAGCCUUUGCUGGUGUUUUUAAAAUACCUUGACUCAAUGACAAAAACAGAGUCUUUUUUUAAAAAAAUAACAAACAAAAACAAAAAAGCAACCAGGGCUGUUUGUACAGAUGAUGGGGCAAAGAGCGUGGGUGGCUGUGCCGUGACUCAGGAGACCAGGCCGGCCACUGUUUGGAGCCAUCCCCAGUCGGCUGGUGGGGACAAAAUGAUGCCAGGUAGCAUGUGGCCAUCCUUGCUCAGUGGCCGAUAGCCCCGGCAGGUGGUCACACUGUGUCGGGCCAUCUGGGAAUGUUCCGCCCAAACUGACUGACAGAUGCCUUCCUUAGAAGUUCCUGCUUCCUGUCGUGCUACUUUGUCCCAGAAAGGCCUGGGGUCCUCCUGGUUCUUACCGGGAGUCCCCACUCUGCUCGCUGACCUACUCCCAGCUUUCUGGUGCAGAGGGUCAAUAUGCUCCCCACAGCCCAGGUGCCAGGAGCCAUGGGCUGGGCACCUGAGGCAGGUUUCCUGGGCCCCCUCGCAAGCGAGCCUCCACCAGCAAGUUCGGCAAAGAGCUUUCCUGAACCGUGGUGCCUGAAGCCCAUGCUCUGGGGGUGCACUCUUCCAGAGUGAUUUUGGCCAGGGGGUAAGGGAGGCAUGAAGGCGUCCAGGGCUGGAACAAGCCCCAGCUGGUGACAGAUUCAGGUGACAACAGCCUCCCCAAGCAGGGUCGGUUCUGAACUCUGGGGAGAUGCUUCCCUGAUCCUUUCGGACAACUACUUGGAGCCAUAAGUAACCUCAGCAAAAACGAGGCCUCAGCAAACCACUUCUCCAUGACGAGCAUCCACCCCAGCCAUAGGCAUAUGCCUGUUGCCUCUCCACUGGGUGGGUAGGGCGCCGGCCGGCAGGCAGGAAGGCCCAAGUACAGGCAAUCACCCCAUCUUGGUUUGAAGCUUUACCCAGGUAUGUUCCCUGUAGCCAUUUUAUUUUUUUUUUAAGAAACUUCUAAUCAUUUCUCCCUAAUGGAAUCCCUAACCCCCCAGAGAGCUACACAUCUGCUCCCUCUGCCUGACCCAUCCAGAUAGGGCGACGUCAGCAUCAGAGACUCAAGGGACGUGUGUACAUAUGUAAAUGAGAAAUAGAGACAUGUUAACAGAUGCAUUCAUUUUCCUUGGAAUGUGUAUUGUUUUUAUUUUAUGGAACAAAACAAAACAAAAAAGGCUUGAACUCCAUCUUAACAUGGAAAAACUAGAUCCUGUUCGUUAGCGUCUGUGAGGUCGGUCUCUCCACAUUUGUCUCACUCAUGUAAGAUACUCUGACCCUGUGUGCAAAGGAGCUUUUGUUCUGUUUUGUUGUUAUUUUACCUACAUGUACUAUUUAGCUUCAGUGUACUAGUCCUGCCACCUGUGUAUUUUUAGGGUGCUAUGGAAAUAAUGAAAAGAAACGGGGAUUUCAGAAGAAAAUUGUAAUCAAAUUCAUACUUUGUAUAAUUUUUGAUAUCAUGACUGCAGGUGAUUCACACAUACCCAUAAACACACCCACAGUGCAGCCUGAAGUAACUCCCACAGAAACCGUCGUCGUCUUUGUACAUGUAUGUACAAUGCAACCAUUUCAUACUUCAAACUGGUCAGAAAACUAAUUGUGAUUUCUAGUCUUGCAAAGCUGUAUGUAGUUAGAUGAUGUGACAACUUCUAAUAUUUAUCUAAUAAAUAUGUAUUCAGAUGAAACCUGUA